GGCCAGCAGGGGCGCUGUUGUCACUUUGCAUACCCAUAAGCGGGGGAGUGAGAGGUGCAUGAAAUGGAGAAAAAUGGCGGAUCAUGUGCAGGGCCUUGCCCAGCUGGAGAUCCUGUGUAAGCAGCUGUACGAGACCACCGACACCGCCGUCCGACACCAGGCAGAGAAAGCUCUGGUUGAGUUCACCAACAGCCCCGACUGUCUCAGCAAAUGUCAGCUCCUGCUGGAGAGAGGCAGCUCCUCAUAUUCUCAGCUGCUUGCGGCCACCUGUUUGUCUAAACUGGUGUCUCGAACCAGCAACCCUCUACCGCUCGAGCAACGCAUCGACAUCCGGAACUAUGUGCUGAAUUAUUUGGCCACGCGGCCGAAGUUAGCAGCGUUUGUGACCCAGGCCUUGAUCCAGCUGUACGCCAGGAUCACCAAACUGGGCUGGUUCGACUGUCAGAAAGAUGACUACGUCUUCAGAAACGUCAUCGCAGAUGUGACGCGCUUUCUACAGGAUAGCGUUGAACACUGCAUCAUCGGCGUCACCAUCCUGUCCCAGCUUACCAAUGAGAUCAAUCAGGCCGACACGACGCAUCCUCUGACCAAACAUAGGAAGAUAGCAUCGUCAUUCAGAGAUUCCUCCCUCUUCGACAUUUUCACUCUUUCCUGCAACCUCCUCAAACAGGCUUCGGGAAAGAACCUGAACCUGAACGAUGAAUCUCAGCACGGCCUGCUGAUGCAGCUGCUCAAACUCAGCUACAAUUGCCUCAACUACGACUUUAUAGGAACUUCCACAGACGAGUCGUCGGACGACCUCUGCACCGUACAGAUCCCCACGUCAUGGAGAUCAGCAUUUCUCGAUUCCUCCACCCUGCAGCUCUUUUUCAAUUUAUAUCAUUCCAUCCCUCCGUCCCUUUCCCCGUUGGUGUUGUCAUGUCUAGUCCAGAUAGCCUCUGUGAGGAGGUCUCUCUUCAACAACGCAGAACGAGCAAAGUUUCUGUCACAUUUGGUGGACGGAGUUAAGAGGAUACUAGCAAACCCACAGUGUUUGCCAGAUCCGAAUAACUACCACGAGUUCUGUCGUCUGUUGGCGAGGCUGAAGAGUAACUACCAGCUGGGGGAGCUGGUCAAAGUAGAAAACUACCCUGAAGUCAUUCGCCUCAUAGCCAACUUCACCGUCACCAGUCUGCAGCACUGGGAGUUUGCCCCCAACAGCGUUCACUACCUGCUGAGUCUGUGGCAGCGUCUGGCAGCAUCGGUUCCCUACGUCAAAGCCACCGAACCUCACCUGCUGGAGACCUACACUCCAGAGGUCACCAAGGCCUACAUCACAUCGCGGCUCGAGUCGGUCCACGUCAUCCUCAGAGAUGGUUUAGAAGACCCUCUGGAUGACGCUGGCCUGGUCCAGCAGCAGUUAGACCAGUUAUCCACCAUCGGGAGGUGUGAGUAUGAGAAGACUUGUGCUCUGCUGGUCCAACUGUUCGACCAGGCAGCUCAGACCUACCAGGAGCUGCUACAGUCCACCAACUCGAGCGCUGCAGACAUCACUGUGCAGGAGGGUACGAGCGGCACACAAAUGGGGAUUCAAGCUCAAGCUUUAAAUUGUCGGUUGACAUGGUUGGUUUAUAUAAUCGGGGCAGUGAUCGGCGGACGGGUGUCGUUUGCGAGUACAGACGAGCAGGACGCCAUGGACGGAGAGUUAGUCUGUCGGGUGCUCCAGCUGAUGAAUCUCACUGACUCUCGGCUAGCUCAGGCCGGCAACGAGAGACUGGAGCUGGCCAUGCUCAGCUUCUUCGAGCAGUUCAGAAAGAUCUACAUCGGCGACCAGGUGCAGAAAUCAUCAAAGCUUUAUCGGCGACUAUCAGAGGUUCUGGGUUUGAACGACGAGACGAUGGUACUCAGUGUCUUUAUAGGGAAAAUCAUCACAAACUUGAAGUACUGGGGCCAGUGUGAACCAAUCACCUCCAAGACACUCCAACUACUGAACGACCUUUCGUUAGGGUACAGCAGCGUGAGGAAGCUGGUGAAGCUCAGCGCUGUCCAGUUCAUGUUGAAUAACCACACAAGUGAGCACUUCUCCUUCCUGGGAGUGAACAACCAGUCCAAUCUGAGUGACAUGAGAUGUCGAACCACCUUCUACACGGCGCUGGGGCGCCUGCUAAUGGUCGAUCUAGGUGAGGAUGAGGACCAGUUCGAACAGUUCAUGCUGCCUCUGACGGCCGCGUUUGAAGCUGUGGCUCAGAUGCUGAGUACGAACACCUUCAACGAGCAGGAAGCCAAGAGGACUCUGGUGGGUUUGGUUCGAGACCUGCGGGGAAUCGCAUUCGCCUUCAACGCCAAGACGAGCUUCAUGAUGCUGUUUGACUGGAUAUAUCCGGCCUACAUGCCCAUCCUGCAGCGAGCCAUAGAGCUUUGGUACCACGACCCAGCAUGCACCACGCCUGUCCUCAAACUAAUGGCUGAGCUGGUUCACAACAGAUCUCAGCGGCUACAGUUUGAUGUGUCGUCACCCAACGGCAUCCUGCUGUUCAGAGAAACCAGCAAGAUGAUCACAACCUACGGGAAUCGCAUCCUGACGCUGGGGGAGGUCCCGAAGGACCAGGUGUACGGGGUGAAGCUGAAGGGCGUCAGCGUGUGUUUCGGCAUGCUGAAGGCGGUGCUCAGCGGAAACUACGUCAACUUCGGCGUCUUCCGUCUGUACGGCGACGACGCUCUGGAUAACGCCUUACAGACCUUCAUCAAACUGCUGCUGUCCAUCCCCCACAGCGACCUGCUCGACUACCCGAAGCUCAGCCAGUCCUUCUACUCUCUGCUGGAGGUGCUGACCCAGGACCACAUGAACUUCAUCGCCAGCCUGGAGCCUCACGUCGUCAUGUACAUCCUGUCCUCCAUAUCAGAAGGGCUCACGGCACUCGGUAAAGAUACGAUGGUGUGCACGGGCUGCUGCUCCAGUCUGGACCACAUAGUGACGUACCUGUUCAAGCAGCUGUCGCGCUCCACGAAGAAGCGUCCCACCCCGAUGGCGACAGACGACCGCUUCCUCCACAUCAUGCAGCAGCACCCGGAGAUGAUCCAGCAGAUGCUGUCCACGGUGCUGAACAUCAUCAUCUUUGAGGACUGUAGGAACCAGUGGUCGAUGUCUCGACCUCUGUUAGGCCUCAUCCUGCUCAACGAGAAGUAUUUCGCUGACCUGAGGAACAGCAUCGUCAACAGCCAGCCUCCAGAGAAGCAGCAAGCCAUGCACUUAUGUUUCGAGAACUUGAUGGAGGGAAUAGAGAGAAAUCUUCUAACAAAGAAUCGGGACAGGUUCACUCAGAACCUGUCUGUGUUCAGGAGGGAAGUCAACGACAGCAUGAAGAACUCGACAUACGGCGUCAACAGCAACGACAUGAUGAGCUGACAUUCCACACAGAGGAGUCUUAUCCCGCUGCAGACAGAGCUCACCCCCCCCCCCUCGCUCCUCCACAGCCUCCCUCCCUCCCUCCUCCCCACCUCCCCCCCUCUCUGCAUCAGCCUCCCCCCUCCCUCCCUGGGCCCGGAUGCCUAGGGAUCACCUCCUCCCUCCCUCUCCCCUCCCCGAACACGACGUACGGGAUCGUUCCCUCCCUCCUUUUUGAUAUAAACAUAUAUAAAUAUAUACAGAUCUAUUUUAAAGCGAUGGUCUGGCUGUCCUAUCAGUGGAGGGGUCAGGAGGUCAGAGGGAGGGGGAGGGAGGGAGGGAGGGAGGGAGGGGGUCGCAUGUCUAAGCACUCGAAAUCACUGGCGGAGGAAGAGGAGAGUGCUGCGGAGGUGACGGGAGGCGAGGAAGGGGACGAACGCCGGUAAACGUAGUAAUCCGCUUCUGCCUGCCUUGUAUAGAAAAACACACAAAAAACCAAGUGUACAUUUUUUUUCGUAACAUUUUGAACAAUGUUUAUAAAAUGAUCGAAUUUAAAACACAAAGAUGAGUUGAGGAAAAACAAAAAAAACCACGUCAAAAAAAAACAAAAAAACGGUGUGAUUGAGCUUUUUACAGUGUAGUGAGUUAGUGCAACUGUCUGUCUGCGUGGGGAGCGAGCUUUCCACGGGAGCUGGAGGUGAGCGGGAGCAUGGGGGGAGAACGGGGGAGGACGGGGGGGAGUGAACUGAGCUGCAGGGUGGCCACAGGAGCACUUAGGCUGCAGAACAGGAAGCAGAGGUACACACACUAAGAGAAAGGGAGAGUCAGAGCAUACACGUUGUACAUUUUACUCAAGUCUCUGGUUGAAGUGAUGUAAAUAUUGACGUCCCUCGCGGCGGCGGCGGCGGCGGUGGCGGCGGGCUCCACGGGCUUUAAAGGGACAAUUCUGCUGUUUUUCAACCCGAGUCUUAUUCUCCUGUUUGUGUCACCGUGACUUCACUUUGAUCAGAAGAUUUCAGAAACAGAGUUCCUCAAAAAUCUAAUAAAACCCUCAUAAGCCCUGCCCCCUUUUCUCCUCUGCAGGAAGGAUUGUUGAGCUGUGAUUGGAAGAGCAAAAAGGGGCGGGGCUUAGUAAGGGUCAAUUACAAGAGCUUUGAUUCAUAAGAUUUAAGAUAAAAUGUUUGAGAAAGAAAAAUCUGCAACCAGAGAAUUUUUUACAUUUUAGCAAAAAAAAAUCCCUAAAAGAUUUUUUGCGAUUGUUAAAAAAGUUUCUGAAUAAUUUUCUGUCCGACCAACAAUCAAGUUUAUAAUCAUUAUUAUUAAUAAGAAACAAAAUCAGAAAAUAUUCAAAUGUCAGAACCAGAAGUUUUUUAUAUUUGUGUGUGUGUGUCGGGUUUCUGGUCCGACCGGAGUCAGAACAAACACUGAGGUUGAAAAACAUCAGAACUUCUUUCCCGUCGUCCCGUCGAGGCAGCGGCGGCGUCCUGUUGGCCUCACACACCCGCUUGUUUCCCUGGCGACGAUCGACGUGUAAACAACAUGGUCACAGCUACAUGUUCCCCUCUGGUAGGCCGGGUGCAGUUUCCACCAUUUUGUUUACACUCUGGAUUCCUCGGACCGGGUUUUCAGGAGGUCCUUUUGGUGUGUGUGCGUGUUGUCUGUGUGUGUGUGUGUGUGUGUGUGUGUGUGUGUGUGUGUGUGUGUGUGUGCGCGUGCGUGUGUGUGUGCGCGUGGAGUGGCGUCUCAUGGUGCUGCGACGGAGCCGAACCAGCCGAGGUCCGUGCCACCGUACAGGGGGGAGGGUCUGGUCGGAGCUCCCUGAAGGAACCAGGUCUAGUUUAGUCUGAAGGAGUCAAACAGUGUACAAAGCGGAGCCGCUGGAGUCCAUUAGCAACUUGUGUUACUCUCUACGAUGUUGCUGCUAACUGUUUGUGACAACUAGCUCAUUUCUAACCAUGUCAGCACUCAUGGAUGUUUAUUGAGUUUCUAAGUUUUGGUUUGUGUCCCUGAUGUGAAUGUGUUGGGUCCAUAGAGUGAGUAGCUGUUUGAGUUGUUUGGAUGUCUGCUACAUAUAGUGUAAGCAUUGUGACUGCAAAUAAACCUCAUUGAUUUUUA